AUGGAUGAUGCUGCGUUGAGAAACCAAGGUCGUAUUUCAAACGUUGACUAUGUUAAAUGUUGUUGCGGCAAGAAAUGUAAAGGUUUGCGAGGCUUGAAGGGUCAUCAAAGAUCAUGUCGCUUCAUCAAAGGUAUGUGCUCUGAUUUGCUAUUGCCACAUGAGGGAGAAAUCACAAACGAACACGAUCAAAUAAGUGAUGUUGACGAAGAUAUAUUUAAUGGCACGCCUAUUUUAAAGCCGGGCGUUAAACUUCCAAAAACUGAACAUGAAUGGAAGGAGGCGGAUCUUUAUUUUAGAGCCGAGCUGCCUAUAUUCGAGGUUAGCGAAUGUUCGGUGAACGAUUGUGUUGACAAAAUGACGAAUUUGGUAUAUGAUUACUUUGUAGAAAAUUUCGGUACGGUGAAUAAGUGCAAGGAUUCCAACUCUGAAUGUCAUACUAAGUAUGCUAGUUACUCAAAACAAGAGCUAAAACGAGAACUGAAAGCAUUGAAACGCCAGUCACCUGUUGAUGUAGACUAG